CUAAAAUUUAUCUCAUUUUGUAACCUAAAGACAUGCACUGACAUUUUAUAUUAGGGUGAUGAUUUACAUUGACCAAAAGUGUCAGUGCAAAUUUAUUUUAAUUAAACUAACAUUUUUUGUGCAGGUUAAAACAUUAUAUCGGUGCAUUUCUUUAAUUUACAAAUUUGUCAAUAAAAGUGUACCUCAUCGGCCACUCAUCGUCUGUGAAUCCUCGAUUGAUUCCAAUGUCCAGAAAUUGAGAUAUCGGCCAUGUUCUCUCAGUUCGGAGCGACGGCGGACUCCCUGAGUAAAGCCUCAACACUGGCGUUCCGGAUCGGCACGGAUGCUCACCUCUACGACGAUCCCGACGACGUCAAUAUUGCCACGCUCCUCGACAGCAAGUUCGACUCCGAGAAAUGCGAAGCUCUCAAGCGUUUGCUUGCGCUCAUCGCCCAAGGUUUCGAGGUCUCCAAUUUCUUCCCCCAGGUGGUGAAAAAUGUGGCAUCGAAAUCACUGGAAGUCAAGAAGCUGGCUUACUUGUAUCUACUGCAUUAUGCUGAGAAGCGUCCAAAUGAGGCAUUGCUAUCAAUAAAUUGUUUCCAGAAGGAUUUGGGGGAUCCAAACCCAUUGGUCAGGGCUUGGGCACUUCGUACCAUGGCAGGGAUCCGUCUACAUGUGAUUGCAGCAAUUGUUUUGGUGGCAAUAAGGAAGUGUGCCAGAGAUCCAUCUGUAUAUGUUAGAAAAUGUGCUGCAAAUGCCCUCCCAAAGUUGCAUGAUUUGCGGUUAGAAGGAAAUAACGACGCAAUUGAAGAGAUUGUGGGGAUACUACUGAAUGAUAAUUCUCCUGCAGUAGUUGGAGCAGCUGCAGCUGCUUUCGCUUCUGUUUGUCCAAACAAUCUCUUUCUGAUUGGGAGAAACUUCAGAAAAUUAUGUGAAACACUUCCCGAUGUGGAAGAAUGGGGCCAAAUUGUUUUGAUAGGAAUCAUUUUACGAUAUGUGAUUGCUCGCCAUGGGCUCGUUAAAGAAUCCAUGAUGAUGUCUUUUUGUUCUUCUAAGGACUAUAAUUCUGAAAAUGGUAGACCAGAUUCCUCUUUUACAUUGAAAGACAGCACUGAUGGUUCUGUAAACAGCAUGGUUUGUGAGUCUGAGAUGGCAAAUGUAGUUAUGAGGAGUUAUUUUGAAGGCCCAGACAAAUAUUUAUCUAGAUCAAGUUUAGAGAAGGCUUCCUCUGAUUGGGAUCCAACCUGUUUCACAUCUGCCAUAGAAAAUGAGGAUGUAAAGAUCCUGAUGAAAUGUACUUCACCUCUGUUGUGGAGUAGAAAUAGCGCUGUAGUACUUGCUGCAGCUGGGGUACACUGGAUCAUGGCACCAAAAGGGGAGCUUAGAAGAAUUGUAAAACCUUUGUUGUUUCUCCUGAGAUCAUCUAAUGCCUCUAGAUAUGUGGUACUCCGGAACAUUCAAGUGUUUGCUAAAGUUUUGCCAUCUCUCUUUGCAUCACAUUUUGAAGAUUUUUUUAUAAGUUCUACCGAUUCCUAUCAAAUAAAGUCUCUGAAACUUGAGAUACUAUCUCUGAUUGCUACAGAAUCAUCAAUUUCCUCAAUAUUUCAAGAGUUCCAGGUAUUCUCUUUCUCACUAUAGGCUUCUUCUUGGGAGUUGAAGAGGUGUUUCACCAUAUUGUUUUUAUUUGUUGUGCAUAUCUUAGUCCUAUGGUAAAGAUCAAAGUUCAGAUUUUUGUGAUGCAAUAUUAAGGGUAUAUUGUUUGUAGCAUUAUCUUCUUGGAGAUGAUUUUGUGAAAUCAAUACGUAUGGUUUAUGCAUUUUUAGGAUUAUGUUAGCGAUCCAGACAGAAGAUUUGCUGCAGACUCUGUUGCUGCAGUUGGUCUAUGUGCCCAACGACUUCCAAAUAUGGCCAACACAUGUUUGGAGGGGCUAUUGACAUUGAUUUCAUCAGAAAUAUCAAAUCUUAACCUAGAAUCUAUGGAAGGAGAAGAACUCAUUUUGAUUGAAGCUAUAAUUUCUGUCAAGACUAUCAUAAAAAACAAUCCGUCUUCUCACGAGAAGGUAUUUUCUUUUGAAAUCUAUGCUGCUGCACAUUAUGGAUUUCACAUUCAUUAUGUACUUAAAAUUAAUGAGCAUUUCAGAAGCCAAAUUAUUAUGUCUUGGGUGAUGAAUGAUGAUACUUUUGGCACACCUCCAUGAAUCAUUUAUUCUGACACCUAUGAGGAGCAAAAAAAGACAUUUUCCGGGGGUUUAUCUUGCUCUUUGGCACUAUGGAAAUGUCAGUUCUUAAAGUGAAAAUGGGCGAACUUAUGAAUGACUUUAAACUAAAACACUAUUAGUGAUUGAGGAGACAUUUAUUGUUAUGAUUAUUAUGAAUGAAGAUAUUAUUAAAAAAGAUUUUCUGUUAAUGGUUUGGGAAUUAACACAUUUAAUACCUAAAUCUUCUUAAAUAUUCUGUCAAGCUCAAUAGAUGAAGGUUUUGAAUGCAUGCACACAAAAAGUGGAAGACGAUAUUAAAAAAGUUGGAAGGUCAGAAUGCACAUUAGCACAUAUAUGAGAAUAUUUGCAUAUCCUCCGUGUUAACUUGUACAUUUUGUAAAAGGUAAUUGCUCACUUGGUUAGAAUUUUGGAUUCCAUUCGGGUGCCAAAAGCACGGGCAUUGAUCAUAUGGAUGUUUGGAGAGUAUAACAAUAUUGGGAAUAUCAUCCCAAAGAUUAUACCCACAGUUCUCAACUAUCUUGCUUGGUGCUUUACUUCAGAAGCUCAUCAAACAAAGAUGCAGAUUCUUAAUGCUUGUGUCAAGGUAGGUCAGCGUGAAUUGCUUUUGUUUCUGUCG